AUGGCCCCUAACACCAAGCAAGGCACCCGCCCCGCCGCCCGGGCUAAUGCUGCCGCCAAGGCAGUUGUGAAGGGAUCUUCCCUCCACAAGUCCCGCAAGGUUCGCACUUCGACCACCUUCCACCGCCCCAAGACUCUCCAGCUCUCGCGGUCCCCCAAGUACCCCCGUACCUCCAUCCCCCAUCAGCCCGCUCUCGAUGCCCACAAGGUUGUCCUGUACCCUCUGAACACUGAGAGCGCCAUGAAGAAGAUUGAGGAGAACAACACCCUGGUCUUCAUCGUUGAUGUCAAGGCCAACAAGCGCCAGAUCAAGGGCGCCCUCAAGAAGCUGUACGACGUCGAUACCGUGAAGGUCAACACCCUGGUCCGGUAUGUGCUUAAUCUGAUUGCUUCCUCGAAAGAUAACGCCCCACUAAUACUCAUCCUCUGUAGCCCUGACGGCUCCAAGAAGGCCUUCGCCCGUCUGACCCCCGAUGUCGAUGCUCUGGACAUCGCUGCCACCAAGCUCGCUAUCGUCUAA